ACCUCUCUUCAACGUCUUUUAGUAUAAUUUAUUAAUCUCCGCUCCUCUUCACUUCUUCCCAUCGACGUCACAUACACGAGACACCCUCCCCCUCUCUUUCUCUCUCCUAUACCUAUGAUGAUCCAUAAUUUUCCAUCCUAUCUUUAUAUUUCAUACUAUUAAUCUUUGAGUUCUUUCUCUUUUUUCAUUCUCCGUGCUUUGUUGAUUGAUUCCGUAUAUUUGGCGAAAAAUCUCGUGUUUCUUCACUGGGGUUUACGUUGUUUGGAGAUUAAGUGUGAUGAUUUGAUAACAUGCGAAGGGGUUAGGUUUGUUAUGACUAAAAAUGUGAUUUGUGUGCAUGCGCGGUGUUUUGGGGCCGUGUGAGGACUGAGGAGAGGAAGAAGAGGGGAAGGGUUUUGCCUUAUUUGGUUCAUUUAAGUGAAUGUUGGGAUACUUGAUUUUAUUUAUGAAUAGGAAAAGUUGGUAAUGGUGGCAUUAGACACAUGGCCCAGACUCAUAUUCGAGGCAGCAAUGGCGAAUUCUCUGCAAUGGGCAGAAGCGUGAUGGAGAAAUGCUUAACAGAGGUGGAGGAAGACAAAUGGGUGCUGCUCAAGCAUUUAGUGAUAAUUUUUUGCCUAAGCAAAGUUUCAGUAAGAGAACAUUGAGAGGAUGCACAAGUAGGAACAGGGACAAUAUUGUUCUAAUUGAAGUUGACUCUGAUGAUUUCGGUGACGUUAUCAUCCUCGAUGUGCCCGAGUCUUUCAAGAAAAAGUUCAGGAAAAAACCCAAGGAUGUAAUUAGCAUUGAUGAUGAUGAUAAUAGUGGUGGUGAAAGCCAAGAUGGAGUUUGUCACACAAAUCAUGAUUCAUCCACAAGCGAUAGAUACUUCCCAACAGAAGCAGCCAAUCCUUCGACGAGUGCUUAUGAUGAUGAAGAUGUCAAUGAAGGAAUCACACCAGUAAAACUCUCCAAGUCCAAGCGAACUUACUCUGGAAAAAGUAUCUCUAGAAAUCGGUUUGGCUUAAGUCCCAAUGCUGAAGGUUGUUCAUCUGAAAGUGACUGCUCUGACUGCGAGUUGGUGGAAGGAUCUUUGGGAAAGCUUCGUGAACAGUGGGAGAAGGCCUCUUUCAGGAAAAGACAUGAUGCUAGCUGUAUUCCUCCUAAUUUUGAAAAUAAUGCUGGCACUUCAUCACCCAAUCACCCUGGUAAUGAUAAUACUAAAGAAGGUAUGGCCGAAGACGCGGAGCGCUGUGGUCAGCAAACUAAUUUGAGAAAAUGGUCUCUCCAUCAUGACAGAGACAAUGGUUUUGGUUCCCCCCAGAAGUUCUCUCAGGAAACUAAUGAUUCAGAGCAGGAUCAUGAUCAUGAUCCUAUGGAGACGGAUGAACAAUUUACGAGGACCCAUGAUGUGAGUACCAGUUGUGGUUUUGAUGAUAAAGAAAGAGGUGGGACGUUGGCCCCUGAAUGUCCUGUGCACCACAUUGCUGAACAAUGCACAGCUAAAAAUUCAGUGCCAGUGGAUGAUUUUAGUGAUUCAGCUGGAAAGCUUGCUGAACAACUUAAGUCACCUCGACAGGAUUGUGAUGCUGAGAGGACAAAUGAAGUGUUUAACAAAGAUGCUUCUGCUGAUGUAACCAACGAAACUUUGCAAGAUGUUGAAGGUGAUCAUGAUGCGUUGAUCUAUAGACAACAAGGGGCGGUAAUACCUUCUGUGCCAUCAGAUCACAAUUCAAUUUCUGGCCAUGGAGAUGAAGCAGGUUCUUCUCAUGAGCAGAAUAGUAUAAUUACGGAUAGACAGAAGAUCAAGGAGACUGAGGAGUACAAGCAUGCCAUGGAAGAAGAACUUGCAGCUAGGCAUCAACAGUUGUUGGUUCAGGCUGAGGAAGCGCGGAGGCUAAGGAAUAGAAAAAGAGCAGAAAGUAUGCGCGUAAUGAUGAAUGAAAGAAGACAAAAGCAGCGUGUAGAGGAAAUACGGCAAACACAGAGAAAGGAUGAAGAGAACUUAAACCUGAAAGAGAGGCAUCGUGUUGAGAUAAGGCAAGAAGUACGUAGAAUUGAGGCUGAAUGCAGAGACAUGGCCUCACUUCUUCGAUAUCUAGGUAUCCAUGUUGGUGGGGGUCUGUACCCUUCUCCAAAUGAGGUCCAAGCUGCAUACAAACGUGCUUGUCUAAAGUUCCAUCCAGAUAGGAUGUCAACAACUGACUUGCGGCAGCAAGUUGAAGCGGAGGAGAAGUUCAAGCUGAUUUCUAACAUGAAGGAUAAAUUUUUGUUGAAGUAGAUGACAAUUAGCUUAGGCAAGUUGUAGGUUAAAGGUAGAAUUGAAGUAAAAUUAUUUUCCAGUAACAUGUGCUCUUUGAUUUGUGAUUUAUUAAUGUAGUCUUGUACUAAUUUCUUGGCAUCAUUCAUUCUUCUAUUAAUUUCCCCUAUGCAUUGCCAUGUAAAUUUUUCCCGUGUAGAUUGAUAUUUGUGCUUCAGUAAAAGGAAUGAAAGCCUUUUUUUUUUUCA